UGCUGCAGUGCCUGCUCAGCAGAAACACGUCAAGCGGCAAGCCAGUACACUGCAGGAUACCUUUUCCCCUCAUGUCAUGACCCAGGUUGAUAGGCUGCACGCGGAAAACGUGACAGGCAGAGGCUAUCGCAUCGCCAUCGUUGACAGCGGCGUCGACUACACCCACCCAGCACUGGGCGGCUGUUUCGGGCCAGGCUGUUUGGUGGAAAUUGGUUACGAUUUCGUGGGCGACAACUACAUUGUUGGCAAGAAUGAGCCACAGCCCGAUGACGACCCAAUGGACAGCUGCGAGGGACAUGGCACGCACGUUGCCGGCAGCAUCGCCGCUCAGCUCAAAGACAACAAAUAUGCCUUUACUGGUUCUGCUCCCGGAGCAAAGCUGGGCGCAUACCGCAUGUGGGGCUGUUCCGCCACGUCGACCACGGAGAUUGAGGUCAUGGCAUUUGGGCGUGCUGUCGAAGAUGGAGCUGACAUCAUCUCCUACUCCAACGGCCGUGGUUCCUCCUGGGCACAUGAUGUGCGUGCUGUCCUCGUUUCCCGCAUUGUCGACUCUGGUAUUCCUGUUGUCGUCUCUGAAGGCAACGAUGGCUUUCACGGGCUCUUCUACGCCUCCACACCAGCGGCGGGAAGCAGCGUCACGGGUGUGGGAGCCGUGUCUAAUACAAUGUUCCCCGCCUUUCUCGAGCAAGGCUCCUACACGACUAGCGCUAAUGCGACCACCAACGGCACGCAUGAGUUCGGCUUCCUGAUGGGUGUCCCAGAAUUUGCUGCGGAUACGACACUCCCUCUCUGGUCUGUGGGCGACGCCUGCAAGCCGCUGCCCGAUGAUACACCGGAUCUGAGCCAACGCAUCGUGCUCGUGGAGUCUAAGGACCCGCAAGCAACGAAAUGCUACAGCCAAGACCAGGGCGCUAACAUCGCAGCAAAGGGUGGGCAGUUCAUGUUGUAUUAUGAGCAAAGCAACCUGACGAUGCGCGACGAGCCAUACGUCUACGCCGACGGUAUCAAGGGUGCAGCCAGGGUCGUCCCCCACGUUGCUGAGCAGUGGCUCUCACUGCUUUCGCAAGGUGCUACCGUCUCUGUGACCAUUCCAGCCAACGGUUCUCAGACACGCCUCGAGGAGCUUGAGAACAACGAGCGUGGCGGAUACGUCGCUGGCCGACUGUCGAGCUGGGGCCCAAGCUGGGAGCUCAGCAUGACUCCACAGGUUGUGUCGCCCGGAGAGAAUAUUCUAAGCACGUUCCCGACGGCUAUGGGUAGUUAUCGCGUCAUGACUGGCACGAGUAUGGCAACACCGCUGGUUUCAGGCAUCUACGCAAUGCUCGGUGAGGUGUAUGGCAAGUUGGAACCGAAACGCCUUCGCAGACUCCUUACCCAUACGUCAAAGCCCCUCGCCUGGUACGAUGGUAAGACUGCACAUCCGGAUAUUCUCGCUCCAGUCCCACAACAAGGCGCUGGACUAGUGCAAGCUUGGAAUGCUGCCCACACCACCCUCGAGAUCGAUAUCGACAACCUAAUGCUCAACGACACGGAUCACUUCGUUGGCAGUCACACUUUUAGCGUCGUCAACACUGGCUCCGCUGAUGAGGUCCUAGAGUUGAAGCAUCGGAAAGCUGUCACCAUGUACACUAUGGAUCCCACAGACAGCGUCCUUCACACUGGCUCGUUUCCUAAUGCCAUUGUCGAAUCUUGGGCUACUGUGUCGUUUUCAUCCGACCGCAUCAAUGUUCCCGCCGGUCAAUCUGUCAAAGUCACCGUUGACAUCGCACCGCCAACGGGUCUCAAUGCGACCUUGCUCCCCGUGUACAGCGGUUUCAUCGCCCUAGGCGAUAAGCUUGUUCUCCCGUACCUCGGUGUCGUAGGCAGCAUGCGCAAUAUCACCGUUCUAACGCCUGAUAACACAUACCUCGCGCAAGGAUACGCGCCCGCACCUGCGAAUGCCUCUUACACCAUCGCACGACCAAAUCCUAGUAACCCGCCAGGAAUGGACGAUGGUGAUACAAUGGCCACGCCAAACGUGUACAUGAACCCUGUGGUAGGCUCACCUUUGAUUCGUGUCGAGGUACUGCAAGGCGACAAGGUACUAGGGCCGUUGGCUGGAUUCCCGCAAACGUACGUCCCAAGAUCAGAAGUGCGUGCAUUCUUCAACGGGUUGCUAGCCGACGGAAGUGUGCUCGACGAGGGCUCGUACCGGAUGAGAGUAAAGGCGCUACAUAUCUUUGGUGAGAAGGAUCGUGAGGAUGAUUGGGAUACUGUUUACUCUGCUACUUUUACAGUUAAAUAUCGAACCUAAUAUAUAUAUAUAUUCUAGUUAGAACUACUGCGUGAACGGAUGUUACACAGUACAGUAGUAAGCAUGCAGUGGUUGUAGUAGUGGUAGUAGUAGUGGUAGUGGUAGUAGUAGAAGUAGUAGUAUAUGUCAGGAAUGGCGUUCUUC